AUACGUCGGCAGGAUAAUACGAUAACAAACCUGUACAGAAGACAAUUAAAAAGGAUUUAAGAGCUUACAAACUGCUUGGCUUUGGCAACAGUGUCAAAUGUGUGACAAAACUUUAUUAUUUAAAUAGGAUAUAUAUGUACGUUCCCGUCGAUGCUAUAAUACAACCGCUUGGAACAGGGGCAAAGCUAAAGACACAACGGCCGCGACAGCAGCAGCAGCAGCAGUCGCCGAACUGAAAAUAACGCAAAAGGGAAAAGUAGAAGACAAAGUGGAGACCGACGAUAACUUGAGUCUUGAAAUGGAGCGGCGUUAUCUGAAGAAUCCGUUUGCUGAUUUCGCCGGCGGUGAAAAUACGCCCUUUGCCACUGAUGAGGAGCACAUUAAGACAUUGAUAUGCACCUAUGUGGAUGCCAUAUUGGAGCAUUGUCAUCCCAAUAGCGACGAAGAGGACAAUCGCGGCGACUUGUAUGUGGGCAAUGCUGGCAUUGCCUACAUGUUCUGGAAGUUGAAUAGCUGUGAGCAGACCCGUGAUCUCUAUCCGGCUUUGGAGCAUGCGGCUGCCUUCAUACGCAAUGCCAAAGUGAACGCCCAACGCUACAAGAAAAGAUCAGCCGAGCGAUAUUCGUUUCUCUGUGGCAACGCCGGCAUCUAUGCCGUCUCCGCUGCCAUAUCCCAGGAGACAAAGAAUACGGAGGAACUCUCCAUGGACUUGGCCAACUUUAAGUCUGGCAUCCCAUCGAGCAAGGAGUUCAUGCAUACAAAAUAUGGUUGUGAUGAGGUGCUAGUUGGACGCGCUGGCUAUCUAUCUGGCUGCUACUGGCUCAACGACGUGCUGCCGGAGAAGAAAAUUACGGAUGAUGACCUCAUCUCCAUUUGCCAGCUGAUCAUCCACAGCGGGCGGGAGUAUAGCAAGCUGAAUAACUCUCCGUUACCAUUGAUGUAUCAAUACCAUGGCACAGAGUAUCUGGGCGCUGCUCAUGGCCUUUGCGCCAUUUUGCACAUGCUCUUGGAUAGUCCGUGGUUCCGUACGGUUCCCAUAUCGGCGCCCGCCGCCGAACUGCGGGACAUCAAGCGCUCGAUUGACUUCUUCCUGGAAUUGCAGGAUGCUGAAGGCAACUUCCCGGUGGCUCUGGAGGACUUGCGUUCGGGCCGGGAUAAGCGUCUCGUGCAUUGGUGUCAUGGUGCACCCGGUGCUGUCUACGUGAUAGCCAAAGCCUAUCUAAUCUUCAAAGAGGACAAAUAUAUUAUAUCACUGCGUCGCGCCGCGGAUUUGGUAUGGAAGAAGGGAUUUUUGCGCAAGGGACCGGGCAUUUGCCAUGGCGUAGCCGGCAAUGGCUACGUCUUCCUUCUCCUCUUCCGCUUGACCAACGAAAUGAAGUACCUGUACCGUGCUCACAAAUUUAUGGAACUCUUAACUAAUGCGGAAUUUAAGCAACGUGCGCGCGUUCCUGAUCGACCGCACAGCCUUUACGAGGGAGUCGCUGGCACAGUAUGCUUCCUAGUUGAUCUCCUGGAGCCGGAGCAAGCUUAUUUUCCCUUUAUGGAUGUCUUUCAUUAGAUAGUCCCAACCGCAUCCCAUCCCUCGCUCCAUCCCCCAUUCUAGUCAUAUAUUUUAUUUCUUUAAAUUCAGCGCCCAUUUUGUCGAUAUUGCAGCUAGUAAGGACUAUUUUUCUUUUUAAUUAGGAUUCAUCGAUAUCAGUCAAAUUCGUAGGCGUCAUUGUAUACUUUCAUCUAUAUCUUUCAGUCUUCAAUACUUUUUUAGCCUUUUUUAUCAAACAUUAUCCAGACUUUCUUUCUCUCUCUCAAUGUCUCCCUCUCUCUCUCUCUCACCAUUGCUCCACUUGAUUGCGUGGCUCAAUCAUAUUCUCAUAUCAAAAUUAUCUGUGCUUUAAGCUAAGCAAUUAAAAAUAAUACGCAUAAAUAUUCAUAUA